UCCUGUUUUCAGAAGAAAUGGUCCAGAACAUCCAAAGUUUCCCUCCUUGUUGUGAUGGCUCUGCUCUGUAUACUCCUUAUUAUCGUGGGUGUCCUCUUGAACAUCACAAAAGGCUCCUGCAAAACUUGUCCUCCUGGAUGGAAUCUGAUCAGGUCCAAUUGUUACUAUUUUUCAACAAUCAGAGAAAAUUGGGAAAGGAGCAAAGAGCUUUGUGCAGAACGUAAUGGGAUCCUUGUUGUAAUUAAAGAUGAAUCUGAAAUGUCUUCUUUAUGGACAUUCAUACAACAAGAAGCAUUUUGGAUAGGACUGAGACGAGAUCCUAAAGACAUUGACAUGUGGGUGUGGACAGAUGGAUCGCCGCUGACAUACAGUGCCUGGUAUGAAGAUGAACCCAAUAAUGUUGAAAAAAAUGAACACUGUGUAGAAACUUGGGGAGCUGUUCAGUCAUGGAAUGACCGGCCAUGUCAAGAAAAGCGGAAUUACAUAUGUAGGGGAGUCUGGAGUUGUUAAAUGGGGCUGUUUCCUAAGCUGUUAAGCCAUAUUGGCCCUCAUUUACUAACAUGAUCCCGAGUCUUUUUGUCGGGUUUUGCGCCUGAUUUUUAGUCGCAUUCCCGAUGCGACAAUGUUUGCGACCAAAAAAACACUCCAUUUCUAAAACUCUCCGAGUGUUUCUUAAAACACACCAAAUGGGCGUGUUUUCAACUAAAUGGGGCGUGUGAGUAAAUCACCAAAAACUCUCGGAGUGUAAUGUGAAACACACGAAAAAGUGUGAGAUUGUGAAACUGAAAACCCGACAGCCGGCAGCAGUCGGAAAGUUCCUAAAACGGAGGGUUUUUAACGAUGUUCCCAGCAACAGCCAUUAGAGACGUUAUUUGCCUCUCUCAUGGUAGAUUAACAAACUGGUGGAUGAUUUAGUGGCCUUUAGUCAGCCUUUCUUUACAUGUACUUUAAAAUAAAUAUUUUAUGCUGAUGGAUUUCUUUUGUCUUGCUUUCCACAUUUUACUUUUCUCCAAAUGUCCUCUCUUCUCAAUAGAUUAUCCAAGUAUUGAUGUUUUUUUUUUCAGUUUUUUUUUUGCUACCAGCUUUAGAAAUGUUGUAAAUGUUCUUUAAUAUGCACUGCCACCCACCCACCUGAUUUCCUAAUUAGCUAUUCAAUUUAUGCCUAACCAUAACAUUUUUUUUAAAGGUUGUUUUACAUUUUUUUACCUGGGUUAUUCUGAACCUGUGUAA